AUGGAUUCGCCGCUCGAUAAUGCCCUACGACAAGCUCUGGAUGGACGUAUGGAUCGUGGCACUCCAUUGUUUGACCUCGCGAAGUCUACGCCUACCGCAGCACCCGACCUCUUCUCCAAUGACUACUUGUCGAUUACCUCCGACCCUGAGCUGAGCAGAUCGUUUCUAGAGAAGCUCGCACAAGAAUCUGCCACGCUCGGAGCAGGAGGAUCUCGUCUUUUGGGUGGAAACCCCCUAGCACAUGUGCAAUUCGAACUCCGAAUGAAGGAGAUCUUCAGCACCGAAGCAGCACUUCUCUUCAAUUCUGGCUACGAUGCCAACACAGCAUUUUUCAGUUCCCUGCCACAAGCAGGGGAUGCCAUAAUCUUUGACGAACUUGUUCAUGCCUCUGCGAGGGAUGGAAUGUCUGUCUCGCGAGCUAAAGAUGCUCUAUACCCGUUUUCCCAUAACUCGGUGCUAUCUCUCAAACAGACCCUUUGCGUAGUUCUCCAACAGCACCCAAACAUAGCGCAAGGGAAAGGAACUGCGUUCUUUGCCGUGGAAAGUCUGUACAGCAUGGACGGAGACCUUGCGCCGCUGCCUGAGAUGCUGAAUUCGAUCGAUGAGCUCAUUCCUAAGAACUGUUCACAUAUUGUUGUUGACGAAGCUCACGGAACUGGUCUCUAUGGCGAGGGCGGGCGAGGAAUCGUCUCCAUGCUAGGGCUUGGUCAUCGCGUUCAUUCCGUUCUGCACACAUUCGGAAAGGCUCGCGGAUUUUCCGGUGCCGUUCUCCUCACUUCUGUACUCGUGAAGAGCUAUAUAACGAAUUAUGCUAGGCCGUUCAUAUACACUACAGCCUUACCUCGUACCCAUAUAGCAGCCCUAAAUGCUUCCUUUGACUAUGUCAUGAACCAGAAAGGUCAAGACAGAAGGGACCGUUUGCAGGAACUCUGCCGCUUCUUCGAAUCGCACCUUCGCGAAGCAGUGAAAAUGGUGGAUGCGAAGUUUAUCAGUCUUCCGCCGAGGAAUGUUCCAGAGGGAUAUCCGGAAGGGAUUCGCACGCCUAUCUUCCCCAUAUUAACACCAAUGCCGCUCAGUCUUGCGAAACAUAUACAAUCUUUGGGAUAUGCAUGCUAUGCUAUACCACACCCCGCCGUUCCCAAGGGACAAGAGAGAAUUAGGGUGAUUGUGCAUGCAGAAAACACUGAGUCCGAGUUGGUAGACUUCAUCAAGCAGUUAUUAGACUGGGUUGCAGUCCAGAGACAAGCCCAAAUUGACGGCAAAUCUUUGAACAUCCAUUUAGCCCGUCUAUGA